AUGCGCACUCUCCCCUCUCUGUGGCCCAACCCUGUCGCCCCCUGCCUCUCAGUGCGAGUGGUGGACCCCUUUAAGGCCUCGUACGGCGUUGACUCCGCUCUAUUUGCAGUCAGCCAGCUUGCGCAGACCACCAUGCGCAGCGAGCUGGGCCGCAUCACACUGGACAAGACGUUCGAGGAGCGUGAGGCCCUGAACGCAGCCAUCGUGCGCACCAUCAACGAGGCCUCAGAAGCUUGGGGCCUGGAGUGCAUGAGGUACGAAAUCAAGGACAUAACACCGCCCACAGGCAUCGUCAACGCAAUGGCUCUGCAGGCAGAGGCGGAGCGCCGCAAACGCGCCAGCAUCUUGGAAUCCGAAGGACAGCGGCAGGCCAAGAUCAAUGUGGCAGAGGGAGACAAGCAGCAGGUCAUUCUCGCGGCAGAGGCAGAGGCGCAGGCCAUCCGGCGCAGGUCGGAGGCUACCGCAGAGGGGCUGCGCACCGUGGGGGCAUCGCUGGAGAGCAGCCAGGGAGGUUCUGCAGCACAGCUCCGUGUGGCCGAGGCAUAUGUAGAUGCGUUUCGCAGCCUGGCCAGGGAGGGCAACACCAUCCUUCUGCCUGCCAGCCUCGACUCGCCUGCCACCAUGAUCGCGCAGGCGCACCGCCACGGCGGGCAGCAGCAGCAGCCGACGCCGCCGAAGCAGCAGCAGCAGAGCAAGGAACAGUUGCUGCAGAAGGAGGGGGCUGGGCUGCCAGAUUCAAAUUUCAAGAGCGUUCUGGGCCAGUGGGAUGACAUCCGCCAGCACUACUUUUUUGACAAGGUCCUGGGACGCGGCCAGUUUGGUGUGACGCGACUGGUGGUCCACCGCACAACCGGGGAGCGCGCCGCCUGCAAGAGCAUAUCGAAACGCAAGCUGGUCAACCCUGAGGACGUAGAGGAUGUGCGGCGCGAAAUCAAGGUGAUGCACCAUCUGAGUGGCCACCCUCACGUAGUUGCAUUCAAGGGUGCGUACGAGGACGUGAGCCACGUGCACAUCGUGAUGGAAUUGUGCACUGGUGGCGAGCUGUUUGAGCACAUCGCCGCCAAGGGCCACUACCGCGAGAGGGACGCCGCGCACCUGAUGCGCAGUGUGCUGAUGGUCGUGGAGCACUGCCACAACAUGAACGUCGUGCACAGAGAUCUCAAGCCUGAGAACUUCCUUUUCCGUGAGACAGGGCGGCGUCACAUCAAGGCCAUCGAUUUUGGCCUCUCGGCAUUUUACACUGAGGGCCAGGUGCUGCACGAUCUGGUGGGGUCGCCAUUUUACAUGGCGCCUGAGGUGCUGCGGCGCGGGUACGGCAAGGCAGCUGACAUCUGGUCUUGCGGCGUGAUCACCUACAUCCUGCUGUGCGGCUCACCACCCUUCUAUGGCUCCAGCACGCAGCAGAUAUUCCGCGCCGUGCUGCACGAUGCCCUUGACCUGGCCAGCCCACCCUGGGACACAAUCAGCCCAGCAGCCAAAGACUGUGUACGUCGCAUGCUGGUGCGAGACCCUCGGCGUCGCGCCACCGCCACCGAAAUUCUGCAGCACGAGUGGAUGCGCGAGCAGGGCGCCUCACAGGACGGCCGCGAGCUGCAGCCCGAGAUCCUCAAACGCAUGAAGCGCUUUGCCGGCAUGAAUCGCCUCAAAAAGGAGGCCCUCAGGGUCAUUGCUACCAGCCUUCCCCCUGAGGAGAUUGAGGGCAUCCGCCGCAUGUUCUGUGAGAUGGAUGACGACGGCAGCGGCACCAUCAGCCUCGAGGAGCUGCGGGAGGGCCUCCGACGCAAGGGUGCACACAUCGCCGAGACCGAGGUGCAGCGACUUAUGGCCAGCGUUGACCUGGAUGGCUCCAACACCCUGGACUUUGAUGAGUUCCUCACAGCCACUGUGUUUCUGGGCAAGCUGGAGCGGCGAGAGCUGCUGCUGACCGCCUUCCAGCACUUUGACAAGGACGGCAGUGGCUAUAUCACGGAGCAGGAGCUGGUGGAGGCACUGCGGGAGCACCAUAUGCCAGAGCAGCAGCUGCAGGAGCUGCUGGCAGAUGUGGACAGGGAUGGGGACGACAAGAUUGACUACGACGAGGACAAUGUGCAAAAUCUGCACAGCAAAUCAUGA